AUGAAAAGUGAUAAUAAGAUCGACAAACAAGUAAUUUUUGCAAGUUUGGUUCACAAUUAUCAAGAACUCUAUGAAACACCAUUUUUCAAUGAAAUUGUUGAUAUGCCUUCUAUAAAUCAACUUCAAGAAGAUUUAGUUCAAAACAUUAUCACUAAAUUUCUUAAAUACUUUAAGGAACAAGCAACACACAUUAUAUUAUUCGAAAUGAUAAGUCAAGUAAUAGAUGAUUUUGUAUAUUGUUUAUUCAGUGCUAAGUCAAUAAGAAAUAAAAAGAAAGAAGAAUUAUAUUUAUCGUUAGAAAUAGAAGAAAAAAGUUUAUCUAUAAUAAACGAAUUACUAGAAACAUUAGACAUUCACCAUCAAAUUCUUAUUUUCACAAAUAAGUUUAUUCAACCACGAGCUAAUAUUUCAUCAAAUAUAUCCUUUGUGUAUUGUAUUAACAUAAAUGUAUUUGAUUGUAUCGAUUCUACCUGUAAUAGUAAUUUUUCUUUUUAUUGGGAUUUAUUAAAGAUAUGUCAAAUGAAAAUCAAAGAAAAACAACUUCCUUUUGAAGAUAUCGAAAUUAGAUUUUUUAGUGAUGAAAAUUUAAGUCUUAUUGAUGAUAUCGUUUCAUUAUUAAAGAAACAAUCUAAUCCUUCACCAGAAGAAAAAUUAUUCAUUUUAAUUUCUGAAAAGUUAACAUUUCUAAAGAAUUUAUCAACAAUUUCUACUGCAACUUGUUUUACAGAUGUAUGCUCUAUAGUUAACAAUUCAUUGUUUCAAAUUGAAAUAACUCAUUACAUUCAAGGAUUACCUUUUGUUGCACAAACCGCAUUUUCUAAUCUAAUCAAUACUUUAAAACUAAUGUUUCGUCGUUAUUUAAAACUUGAAAACCCAUUAGUUGCCUUUAUAAAUCUAACUCAAAAUAAAAAUUUUAGUUUGUUCUCCUCUUCUAUUCCUAAGCAAUAUGAUAGAGUUUUAACACCAGAAUUCGCUUCUCAUUAUUAUUUGGCUGAUUCAUUUAAUCAUAACUCUGAUAUAGAAAAUGAUAUUAAAUGGAUUUCACAUAUUCAUUCAACAGAAGAUAUAACAAAGAAUUUCUGGUUAGUAAGAAGAAAUAGUACUUUGUUGAUUGAUAUAUUACAACUCUCAGAAAAAGGUAAAAUAAAAUCGGAUGAAAUGACUAAUAGAAAUGAACAAAAAAAUGAGGAAAGCGAAGAAUUAGAUCUUAUGAAAAGUGAAGAAAAUAUUAACCCAAAUAUCUCAAAUUCAACAAAUAGUAAAAACUCAACUACUGGAAUAAAUUCAAUCAUUGACCAUCAAAAUUUAUCUAAAAAUAACAAAAACGAAAAAUUAAAAAUAAAUGGUCUUCCAGAACAACGUGAUACAAUAGAUAAAACCACAACUUGUCUAGAAACAAAAGACAAUGAAGUUUUGUCUAACCAAAUCAAUAACCAAAAUACUCAUGCUUUGGUAUCUUCAAAAAUUAAAAAUGUUUCAUCACAAGAACCUCAAAAAUUAAGUCUCUUUCAAAAAGAAUGUCAAAAACAAAUUUCUAUUAAUUCAGAAUUUUUACCAUAUGUAUCAAUUAUUCAAGAAGAGAUAUCAUUUGUUAGUACCCCUACAUUUUACCUAAUGGACUAUUCAAAUACAUAUAACUCUUAUUUACUUUUUAUUAGUUAUUAUACAAAAAAAGGAAAUUUAAGACAAUUAUUUAUUGGACAAAUCAAAUCACCUGAUGACAAUGUCGAUAAAAAGGUUUUUGAUUAUAUUCACUAUUAUACAAAAAAACCAACUAUUGUUUCUUUAUCAUCUACUAAUUAUUCUUACCCAAAAUAUAUUAAUAAUACGAUUUUCAUUCCUUCUAAACCAGUAAUUACAAUAAUUGAUUGUCAAUGUGAAAUAACAUUUAAUUCAGUAAAAACAUUGAUUAAAGAAUUAAGUUUAAAAGAAGAAACAAAAAGUCUUAUUUCUUCUGUACUAAUUCAAUUUGCUAAAACAUCAAGAUCAUCUUUUAUAGAUGGGAUAAAAAUAUUAAAAGACCAUUUAUUACCAAUAACAAAAUUUUUUGAAGAAAAAUAUAAAUCAAUUAUUUGCGAAUUAUAUUUUGAAUUACAUCCAAUUUUUAUUAAAUCAUGUACUUUAAAUAAAGUAAAAUCUCUUGGAGAAUUAACAGACGUGUUAGCAGAUAUUGUAGAAUGUUGUGAUAGUUCUAGAUCAAAUACUAAUUUACAUUCAAUCAAAUAUGAAGAAAUUCUCAAAGAAACCAAAGAAGCAAAAAAUCUUAUUAAGAACAUCAUAUCAAAAUACUAUAAACCAACAACACCAACGUUAUUGACAAGAGCAACAUUUUUUGAACCAAAGUAUAAAAAAAUGAGAUUGUUUUCACAAGAAGCUAUCAAUGUAAUUUUAAAUAAUUUAAAAGAGCGUUGUGGAAAAGAGGUUGAUGAUUAUCUAAAAGAACCAUUACCAUCUUCUAAAGAUAGUCAUUGUUGGUGGAUAAAUCAUCGAUCUCAUUAUCCAAAAUUAUAUGAAGAAUCAAGACAAACAGAAAGUAUUAUUUUCGGUCAAAUUUUUGAAAAAAAUAUAGAUGACAUUAUGUUUGGAAAUGUUGAUGAUGAAAAUAAUACAUAUUCUGUAAUCUUUAAUUUGUUAAACUCAUCCUUUAUUUCCGAAAAAAGAAACGAAGUUAAAACAGUUCAAAACCAACCAAGAAAAAUCCCAAACGAUGAUAAAGACAACACUCUUGAUGAAUGGACGUCUCAAAUUGACUUCUCAUUUCUUGAGUCUCAAAGGAAACAAAGUUCAACAGCUAAACGACAAGAAAUGAGUCAGAAUGAUGGACUCACACAAUUAAUGAGUAGUGGCUCUUCUGAAAUAGAUGGACCAGAAGAAGAAAAAAUUUUAGAAAAGAAUAUCCAAGAAGCAAGGAUAUUAAAUGAAAAAAAUCGAGCAGCUAAAUCACCUGUUAUUGUGAUUGAUGUCGAUGAAACAAAGCCUUGA